GAUACCAACAGACCAUGUACUGGUGUCGUUUGAUGCAGUUUCGCUAUUCACAAACGUCACUAAGGAAGUUGUCAUACACGACAUUAUCAUGAUGUGGGAUCAGAUCCGAGACAAUACCACUAUCAACCUGGACCUGUUCCUGGAAAUAGUAGACUUUUGCAUCGGUGCUAGCUUCUUCAGUUUCCGGCAAAAGUAUUACCUCCAAACCUCUGGUACGGCAAUGGGAAGCCCACUAUCCCCAAUAUUAGCAGACAUUGUCAUGGAAAACUUGCUAUCAAAAGCAAUUGGGAGGGCGAACCUUUCUCCACAAUUCAUUCGAAAAUACGUGGAUGACUUGUUCCUAGUGUUGCACAAGGACCAAAUAGAUGCGGUUCUGGCGAUUUUCAACUCGCUAAACCCAAAGAUAGUAUUCACAGCUGAAGUGGAAGUAAACAACCAACUUCCCUUCCUCGAUCUGCUUGUGAUUAGGCAAGAGGACAAUAGCAUAAAAACGGACUGGUAUGCGAAACCAAUUUCAUCGGGCAGAAUGUUGAACUACUUCUCGUUCCACCCGACUGACCAAAAGCUCGCAGUGGUAAACAACUUCAUUGACCGAGUACGCAGUUUGAGCACCAUCCGAACUAGAGAGCAGCAAGAUCAGCUGAUUCACCAACACCUCCGCAACAACGAUUACCCUCACACUCUCAUCAACCGACUAUUGCGCCAACCUCGACGGAUCGAAAAUACAGACAGGCCCACUGUCUAUCGGUCGAUCCCGUAUAUCGAUGGCCUCACACCUUCUAUCAAAAAGAUAAUCACUAACAGCGGACUGCAGUUGGGAAUAUCUCACAGCAACAGGAACACAGUCGGAAACCUGUACAAAAGCGCUAAGGAUCCCAUACCUGUGCUUAACAAAAACAACGUGAUAUACAGAAUUGACUGUAGAGACUGUCCCAGCGCAUACAUCGGAAUGACUACCAACAAGUUGCGGACCCGCAUGUAUGGCCAUCAAACCCACAUCAACACUCUUGAAAACAAACUGGCAGAAGGUUACCAAUACACCGAUCCCGAAAUACAGCUGUUACAAGAGAAAUCGGCACUGAUGAGCCACUGCAUCAAUCACCAACACCGUUUCAACAUCCAACAACCAUCCCUCGUCGAUUCAACCUACAAGAGACAAGCUCUGCAAGUGUUGGAAAUGUGCCAUAUUGCGACGACUUCCAACACGGUCAACCAUCGGACAGACACCGAUAAUUUAAGCUGUGCGUACGCAAAUCUGCUCUCAACGAUCAAAACCCAAAGAGGAGCGAGAAAUGCGUCGUCAACUACUAACCAAAAUCGACAAAAUACAAGAAUUCUAACCACCCCACUAACACAAACAAAUCCGACCAACCAAACACCACCAACUAUAAACACCCCACAGUAACCCCAAUCUGGCGAACAAGAACAGAAGUGUUCCCAAAGUGCCAAGUGUUGCGACUCGAACGGUUAAACGUACCACCCACCCACCAUCUCAACCAGGGUGCUGGUUGGUCUAAGUAUGAUCGAAAUUUGCUUCUCAAAUCUCCUUUAAUCAAUAAUUUCCUAAUCACAGUGUUACAAGUGCGGUGCCCGAACCCAAUGCAAACGGCAUUCCACCGUGUGAUCAACACGAUCUUCACAAGUUGAUUCAUAUCGAGCCCUGAUGAAGAUCCCAACCAUAGGAUCGAAACGUAGGCAAUGAUUUAGAAUAAUCAACGCUUUUUCUGUGACUGAAAGCCGAAAACCUACCAAGUUUCCAUAGAUCCAGUCAGUCCCCGU